AUGGCAAAAAAGAAAGCAUUCAUUCCUUUUUUUUAUUUUACAUCUAUAGUCUUUUUGCCCUGGUUGAUCUCUCUCUGCUGUAAUAAAAGUUUGAAAACUUGGAUUACUAAUUGGUGGAAUACUAGACAAUGCGAAACUUUCUUGAAUGAUAUUCAAGAAAAAAGUGUUCUAGAAAAAUUCAUACAAUUAGAGGAACUAUUCCAGCUGGAUGAAAUGAUAAAGGAAUACCCAGAAACCGAUUUACAACAAUUUCGUCUAGGAAUCCACAAAGAAACGAUCCAAUUCAUCAAAAUACACAAUGAGUAUCGUAUCCAUACAAUCUUGCACUUCUCGACAAAUCUAAUAUCUUUCGUUAUUCUAAGUGGUUAUUCCUUUUGGGGUAAGGAAAAGCUUUUUAUUCUCAAUUCUUGGGUUCAAGAAUUCCUAUAUAAUUUAAGUGAUACAAUUAAAGCUUUUUCGAUUCUUUUAUUAACUGAUUUAUGUAUCGGAUUCCAUUCGCCUCACGGUUGGGAACUAAUGAUUGGUUAUAUUUACAAAGAUUUUGGGUUUGCUCAUUAUGAGCAAAUUUUAUCUGGUCUAGUUUCUACCUUUCCAGUCAUUCUUGAUACAAUUUUUAAAUAUUGGAUCUUUCGUUAUUUAAAUCGUGUAUCUCCGUCACUUGUAGUGAUUUAUCAUGCAAUAAAUGACUAA